AUGAACCCCUUCAUCCGACUCAGCCGCUUCCUUCGACGACCACCAUCAUCACGACGCAGCAUAUCCACACGCACGCCUCCUAAGCUAGAUUCCUUCACAAAAAACGAAGAAGAGCGAAUGCCUGCAUUUACACGAGGAUUAUACUAUCCCGUCAACCUAGGCGAUAUCUUCCAUUCCAGAUACAAGGUCCUCAGCAAGUUGGGGUAUGGGGCGAACUCAACCGUGUGGUUUUGUCGGGAUCUGCAACAUCAUCAAUAUGUAGCGCUGAAGAUCUACACCGGCAGCAGCAACAGAAACAGUAGUAGUCCUAGGGCUAAUCAGGAAGUACGCGUACUAGAGCAUCUCGCUAAAAUGAAGACAAACCAUCCGGGCAGCAGUUGCGUCCACAACAUGAAAGGGAAGUUUGAACUGAUCGGGUCCAGCGGUGUCCAUCAGUGUAUUGUCUUUGAACCGCUCGUGACGAGUCUUUUGCAUUUCCAGGCGACGCUGGACCCGAAGAGCUUGACGGAGGAUAUGUUGAAAGGGGCGUUGCAGCAGUUGUUGAUGGCGCUGGAUUAUUUGCAUGCUGAGGGUGGGGUCGUACACACUGACAUACAAGCGAAGAAUAUCAUCAUCAGCGCAAAGGAUGAUUCAAUUUUCCACGAGUGGGAGAAUCAGGAAGCGGAUGAUCCCAGUCCCCGGAAGAUCGACGGUGGGAGUAACUACACCGUCUAUCAAUCGCGUCCAUUCCAUCGAACGAAAGGUUGGAAUCGCAGUUUCGGGAUGCCACUGCUCUGCGAUUUCGGGGAAGCCCGCCUGGGAAAGGGAGUCCACGAUGGACUGGUCCAGCCGGAUAUUUAUCGGGCGCCGGAGGUUAUCCUCGGAUUACGAUGGACGUCGAAGGUCGAUAUAUGGAAUGUUGGGGUGCUAAUAUGGGACCUUUUUGAGGAUCACCAUUUGUUUGAUGGUCGGGGUCCCGACGGUAGACAUUCGGAUGUGCAUCUGCUCGCGGAGAUGGUCGCGAUGCUGGGUCCUCCACCGGUUGGUUUUCUGUCCCAAUCUCCUCACAGCUGGAAUUAUUGGAAUUCAUCGGGAGAGUGGAUAGGGUCUGCGGGAGUCCCCGACAUGUCCCUGGAGGACUCGGAAGAGUACCUGGCAGGCGAGAACAAGGAGACGUUCCUGCGCUUCAUGCGAAAGAUGCUGCGAUGGGACCCGGAAGAGAGACAGAGCGCCCGUGAACUUCUGACGGAUCCUUGGUUGACGAGUCCGUAG